AUGCCUUCAUCCUAUGCCGGUUUCAAUGCCUACACCGUGGCAGGAACUGUAUCGUACACCACGACUACUACUGUCUGGGCUGGGCCAGGCAGCACUACAACUACCACCAUCAACGGUCUUUCCGGAACCGUCAUCGUCAAGACCUCGGGCUCGGUCCCAGCGGCAACUACAACCACCUAUGUCACAGUGACAGCCGAUUCAGGCACAGCAUCCACAAUCGCGACUCAAACCAUCACUCCUACCAAGGGCUUGACCGGGACUGUAUCAAUCAUUUACCCUACUCCUGUCACUACAUGCGGUAACAAGGGCGCUGCCGCCGGUUUCUACAGCAAUCCAGUCCCAGGCCAGCAAGCAGUUUCGCAAUACCCAGCCUUUAAGCCAGAAGUCAUGAAGACAUCAACGCCCUCUGCACAAGCCACGGGCAUUUCUUACAUUGGCGAGUACUACGAUGGAGGCAUCUUCGGCACAUAUGUGUAUGGUAACUACGAGUUUGCCUCCACACUUACGACUUUGGCUCUCAAUCACGUCUUUUAUGUGUUUGCCGGCCAUGGUACUGGAUACUACCAUAUCAACCUGCCUCAAGCAGAUGAUGUUACCCUCCUCUGGGUCGGUCCUAAUGCGCUCUCUGGCUACACCCGUGCCAACGCCCAACUCAUUCAGACUUGGAGUGCACCUGCCCCUGCAACUCUGGGCUUCUUCCUCACUGCAAACACAUACACGCCUAUCCGCCUUUGGUACGCGAACGGUGGAGGCCAAGGUGGCUUCCAAUUCACCAUGACAGCCCCAGACGGCGCUACGAUCCUUCAAACAACUCCUUACUCCAACUCUGGUGUUAUGAAUGCGGAUGUUGUCAUGUUCCCUUGUGAUUCUUCCAAGGGUGCCAAGUUCCCUGCUUUUGGCAAGGAGACUUGA